AUGGAGACUUACCUCCGCGAAUAUUACAAGUGGCGGGUCUGGCAAGAGAGUGUUGAGAAGAUACCUAAUGCUGAACUGCUUGAAUAUGCUCUCGAGAAGAGACAGACUGUCGCAGAGCUUCUACGUGAAUAUCGCCCUCUUCUCUGCACUGACAAUGUUCCAGACCAAGACAAACAAAAAGGCGUCGAGUUUCUGCAGGGACUCAAGAUCGCUGGUGUAGUUGAAGAGUUUUUGGAAUAUACAGAGAAUGGCCUGCUUGACUUUCUUCGACUAGAUAUAGAGUGGGAGAUCCUCCAGGAUGCUAUCGACAAACAGCAGAUGCUGGGUUCGUUGGAACUUGGGUGGCUUGACCCUGAGAAAGUCGAACUACUCAUGGCUCAUUUUUCCACUCCUGAACCACCCACGGGCCCCUUACGGUAUCCUGAGAUGGGAGAUCCAUUCUUGGGUACUGUUAAGAGAAGACUUGAACCUCCACCAGCUGAUGCCCCAGACGAAGACGUUACAAUGAAAGAUGACGGCUACGAUUCGGAUGCGACACACGAUGUAACUGAAGAUAAGAAUGAGAACGACAAGCCACGAGAUAAAGGAAAACAGCCUGCAGGCCAUGAACAACAUGAUGAACAAGCUGCCAAAGAUGCUCAACUCCGCCCCCUGACGUCCCUCAUCCCAGGACCGCUUGGUGAAGUGCCUCUCCCGUAUCAGCGAAACAUCUUACAAAUGGUCUCUCAGAGAUAUUACCACGAAGCUUACACCCAUUUGCAAGGAAGAACAGUGUCUACUCUUGUAGAGGAAGAAAGAACACCGCACCCGCCAGCCUCGGCGUAUUGUCCUACAGGGUUUCACUACCUAGCAAAGCAAAAGCAGGUCCGUGGGCUUAUUGGGCCUGAAGGUGGAAGGAGAUCUAUGCAUCGAGGUGAUGUUGAGCAUGGAGAGGGGUCUGCGAGACAGGAGGCGGGAGGGAGUGCUUCACUAACAGCUGGAAGGGUCCCUGGUGCGCCUCGGCUUUCUCGACGGGGCUUGGAGGCUCAGACAGUUUUGACAUCUCAUUUUGAGGAUGCGUUUCUGAAUGACCCAAGAUACGACUACAUCAUGAAUCAGCGCCAGAAGCCGGUGUAUUUGGAAGAGGUCCCAGAGCAUGACGUGGAACAAGAAGAACAGCAUCCAGCCUUUACUCCCGCCCCUGACGAAGAACCUUUAUCAUUCAUCCAAGCAAGUGGUUCAACACUCCAACCCAAUCAAUACUCUGCACCCACCAUCCUAGGCCGAACAGUUCCUAUCGACGACUCCACGCCAUCUCAGCAACUUCGGCGGAUACUCGACGCCAACUGGUCCGGCUUUCUCAAAAAGAAGGGAAGCAAAUCAACAGCAAACUCAGUUACACGACAGAGCGGGGCAUCCCAAGACAUCGAGAGCGAGAUAGAAGCUGAUCCCAUGACCAUGCCGAUUGAUGUCCCCGAGCCAGAGAAUGAUGGUGAUUACAACCCGAAGAAGAGAACGCCCAAGAAGGCUGGGCGAGGGAGACCGAGAAAGGCUAGUCUCAAGAAGAGGGAGAGUGAGGGGAGGAUCUAG